CUUCCUUCCCUUCCAUCGAAGUCGACGGCCGCCGGCCGGCAAGAAGGCGUCCGCACCAUCUCUCAUGGGGCCCCAGCAGGACCGUUCGGCGCCCAAGACGCACGCCAACGGCACUGCGGCGGCGCCCGAGAGGAAGGACGGCAAGGUGGUGCACUACAAGGAGUGCCAGCGCAACCACGCCGCGGGCAUCGGCGGCUACGCCGUCGACGGCUGCCGCGAGUUCAUGGCGUCGGCCCCCGAGGGCAGCCCUACGGCUCUCCUCUGCGCCGCCUGCGGCUGCCACCGCAGCUUCCACAAGCGCGAGGUCGAGGCCUUCGACUGCGACUACGAGUCCGACACCUCCGGCCGGUGAUCACCGCCGCCGAAGCCAUGCGGAUUUCCUGCCUGCUUGUCUCGGUACAUGAUCAGCAUCGGCAGGUAAGGUUCGGACAUUAAGACGACUCCGUUCGAUCUCAGUCCAUCAAUCAAAUAUAUGUGUGGACAAGUUAAUUAUCUUCCUCCUCCUCCUCUUGGUAUUGGGAUUAAUUUGGCGAUCAGUUGUGUGAUGAUGUAAUUAACAUAUAGUAUGUGUGUUCUUGAGUCCAAUCUGGUGUGUGUAGAUCAAUCGGUGACUGUGAGAUGAACAUCUCGUAUUCUGUACAGAUUUGUGCUUCUUGUUUGGGACCAGUAAUUAAUAAUAUGUCUCUGAAUUA